AUGAAUCCGCGCCCAGGCGAUCCCUCGGAAGAGGAAGCGCAGCGGGACCUCGAGGAUAGCGAGGGUGCACACUCGCAGUCUGUGGAUCCUGCGACGAAUGGCGAUCUCGUGGACGCCGAGGAGAGCCAGGAGUACGCAGACAGCGAGAACGCAGAAGAGCAAGCUGUAGGCGAUCUGGCGGAAGACGUACAGGAGGACCAGGAAGUGCAGCAGGAGCCCGAAGACAAUGAAAUGGAGCAUCGUGAAGCUGCAGACGGUGACACGAUGAUCGGUGUACUCCCGGAAGACGAAGAGCAGGAGCAGGAUGUGACGCAGGAGCACGGAGACAUCGACAUACAUGCCGAAGAAGUGGGUGCUGCGACGAUAAGUGGCGACCUCCCGGCAGAAGCCAACGAGGAGGAGCCAGAGCAGCAGGGACCAGGAGAUGCCCCGGAAGAAGCCAUACAACAAGAGCUGCGCGAGCAUGAGAGUGCAGACGUGCAAGCUGGAGCUGAGACGAUGCGUGGUGAAGUCGGUGACGUGGAGCACGACCAAGUCGUGCAGCAGCGCGCGCCAGAAGCGAGCGGCCAUCUUCCGGCAGAGGAGCCGAAGGCCGAAGGCGAAGCACCGGAGACCUCUCACACGAGCCGCGGCCUGAGAUCCAAGGGGGAAGAAACAUCAGAGAGACCUUUGAGAGCUACGGCUGAUGCUAUAAAUCCUGCAUGA